GGCCCCUAGUGUCAGUGCGGGGCAGUGGCGUGAGUACUGAGCAGCGUUUAGGUAUAUGCAGGGUGCCGGGCAGGGAGUGUAGCACGUUAACCCUUGGGGCCAGCCAGCAGGAGGAACAGUGCCCACCGAGCAGAGAGUACCGCAGCGGCUCAACACGUAUUGAGUGCCUUGAGGAGGUGCGGGCGUGACCUUCUGUUCUGUUGUGGACUUUUCUCCCUGACACCAUGUUAAGCCAAGUUAACAUAAGUUCUGCAGGGAAUUGUGAGCGCCGCAACGCCAUCCCUGUCAUCUACACCAGCGGAACAUACUACGAAGUGGGCUUUGAUGUGGGACGCACCUUCCGGGGCCUCAUCCAGGAUUAUCUGGCGUCGUCCGUGUGGCUCCGGGAAACACUUCUUCCAGCUUAUGAGACAGAGGCUGGGCGGGCCGCCUAUGACGAAACCCUUCCAGUCUUGAAGGAGAACUUUCCACAGUACCUCAGGGAACUGCAGGGCACGGCAGAUGGGGCUCAAGUUCCCUUCCUCCACCUGGUUCUCCUGCACAUGGACAGGAUCAUGACUAUGGCGGGCCAGGCGGAGCAGCAGCCAUGCAGCAGUGACCUCAACGGCUGUUCCGACCUCAGCAUCAACAGGGAAGACCAGGUGUUGCUGGGCCACACAGAGGACACAUUCGAGGAGAUGAUGAACUACCUCUACCUCGUGUCCGCCACCAUCAGCGAGGAGGCGCCGGAGGGGAGGUUGGGCACGCGGACAGAGAGCUUCACGGCACUCUGCUACCCCGGACACCUGCCGGGCUUCUGCCUCGGCUACAACCGCCACGGCCUGGUCUCCGCCAUCAAUGAUAUCGUCCCUCUGAAGGUCUUCCCCGCCAGGACCCCGCCUCAUUUCCUUUGCCGGGCGCUGCUGAGCGCCACGUCCGUGGAGGCGGCGCACGACAUCCUGAGGGACCGCGGGACUGGAGGAGCCGACGGCUUUGGCGUCAACAUGAUCUUCAUGAGGCCGGAUGGUGGUCACGUCUUCCAGAACGUGGAGGUGGGGACGGCCGGGGCUGGGGAUGAGAACCCGCUGUCCAUUGUGACGCUGAGUGUCGGCGAACACUACUUCCACGCCAACAGGUACCUUCACCUGACAGGCAUCCCGGAGAAGAGUGGUCCUCCCGAGGCCAGCAGCGAGCACCGAGAGGUCCGCGCAAGCCAGUUCUGGCCCCCAACACCUGGCGGAUCUGCUGGAGGUGCUAUCAGACACCAAAGACCCUGUGUUCCCCAUCUUCAAGGAGAAACCCCAAGUGACCCCCAGCUCGACCCUGGCCCUUGGUGUGUUUGAUUUGGUCAAGAAGACGUUGGCCGUAUGGAUGAAGAACCCUCGGAAGGUUGGGCCCGUCAUGGAGAUUCCCCUACACUUCAACUGGACCACCUGAGCUCAGCCAUUCCUCUAAUAUAGACUGAAAAACACAGCUGACGACAAUUUGACAAACAGCAAAACAUUAAUUUCCACAAGAAUGCACUACGUGACAGGGUUUGACUCAAAGCUGAAAAGUCUAUUUCAGAGACACUGGCAUUUCAUUUAAGGGUUAGGUCAUAUAUAUAUAUAUAUAUAUAUAUAUAUAUAUAUAUAUAUAUAUAUAUAUAUAUAUAUAUAUAUAUAUAUAUAUAUAUAUAUAUAUAUAUAUAUAUAUAUAUAUAUAUAUAUAUAUAUAUAUAUAUAUAUAAAUAUAUAUAUCUAUAUAUAUAUAUAUAUACAUAUAUAUAUUCAUAAUGUCAGUCUAUUUCCAUGUAUUAAUCCGGACCCAGCUCACUCCGCAUCCAAUUUCAAAGAGCCAUUUUUUCAAAGAUAAUAUAUAUGUAAUUCCAGUCUGUCUCCAUGUAUCAACCUUACCAGCCACACUCAGUUAAUUUCUGCACCUGUAUUACGUUUAGGAGAGCCAGAUUUUAAAGGAAGACCUGCAUACAUAACGUCGGUUUGCCUCAGUUCAGUAAACCACCACAAAUGUAAAACAAGUAUAUAAACGGGCAUCGUGUUGUUCCGCGCCCAGUUAACGUCGUCUCCAGUUCCGAAGAGUCACAAUUUUUAUGUAAUAUAAAUCUACACGUCAGGCAAUUUUG